GUUUUAUUUAUUGACCAUUUUUAUUUUCAACCUUAAAAUGUAAAAUACCCUAAACAUUGAACUAAAAAGUAUUUGUUACGGGACGGGUACAACAUGGUAUGUAAAAUACAUAAAAGUAGAUAUAAAAAAUCAAAAAGUGAACAAAAAAUUAACUCUGUGGACUCUUAUGUAAAUCAAUUUCUUAUCUCAGUAUAGAAAAGACAUUAGUGACAAUUUUAAUUUGUUAGGUUGGCUGAAUUUUUUUCUGUCAGUUUGAAUUUAAAAAAAAAACAAUACAUCGUAACUUGCAAAAUAAUGUAAAAGUAAAACUAAACAAUGCAGAGACAAAGAUUAUCUCGUGAAUUAACAAAAAUGUCAAAAUCUCCACCUCAGGGUAUAUGUGUAUUUUCAAAAGAUGAUAAUCUUAACCAUUUGGAAGCGAAAAUAGCGGGACCUCAAGACAGUCCCUAUCAAAACGGCGUUUUUACUUUAGAAAUAAUUGUUCCUGAAAAAUAUCCCUUCGCACCACCUUCAAUAACAUUCACAACAAAAAUUUACCAUCCCAACAUAGAUGAAAAUGGAAGGAUUUGUUUAGAUUUAAUAAAAAUGCCACCUGCUGGUAAUUGGAAACCUACAAUAGGUUUAGAAGGAUUGUUAACUGCUAUUAGAAUGUUACUUGAAUAUCCUAAUCCAGAUGAUCCUCUAAUGGCUGAUAUUGCAGAGGAGUUUAAAAAUCGCAAUGAAGACUUUUUGAAAAAAGCUAAGAGUUCUACUGAAAAAUAUGCUCAAUAGGCUGAUUGAAUUGUGUUGAAUCAUCACUGUAUAGAAGAACACUUGUUAGUUUAUGUUGCAAAAACAAUAAAAGUGGAUUUUGUUUUUGAGUUAUAUUGUUUUUCAACUCUAGGAAAUGUUUCUGGGCUCAAUGCAAUUCCAACCAUCAUAUUCAGCCAUUAUUACAUAUAAUUAGUCUCUGUGUAACGUGUAUUAGUUGCUCUAGUUUUUAGAAGAUUAUAUUUUACAUUUGACAAAUUUUAAAAAGUCUCUACUAUCUGCUUUUAUUACAUGGAUGUUGAGAUAUAUUGAUUUAAUAGCGUGCCGACAUAUGGUGGCUCUAAGAUAGGGUGACGAUAGCAUUUUGCUGUAUUGUACAGCAUUUUCAAAGCCUGUCCAGCAUUUGAUCUUGUACAGCAAAAUGCCUUAUUGUUCUAACAAAAUGAUAUAUUUGUAAGGUGAUUAUUGUCCAGCAAAACAGAAAUGUAAUAUAUACCUAAUACAAAUAAGAUUCAGGGAGCUAAAUAAGUCCUUUAGUUUCUACAUGACUUCUCUGUUUUUGUGGUUUAUCUUUUAUCUUUCUGGGGAGCUAAAAAAACCUUCGCAUUCAGCAUUGAGUCAAAAGAAGAAAUAUGGUCACCCUACUCCAUAAGACGAUUUUGUAACUUUUAUAGUUUCAAUGUACUUCUAAUUCAUGUAUAUCUAGAACCUAUAAGCCAUCAACUCACAGAGUGGGAUGAAAUUCACAAUAAUAUA